AUGGCAUCCGCGUCACGGCCACUGGGUCGCUCAGAGCAUCAAGUGUUUCAAAUUCCCGAGCUCUUAGACCUGAUACUGCAUUUCUCGGGGCCACAGGCACAAGUCCGAGCACUGCAGAUCUCAGCUGCCUGGCGAACCUCCGCAAUAUCUGUUAUUACAAAUCGCCGCAUCCAGGAAGCGUUCCUUUCGCCAUCGACUGCUCCAGUUAUUGAGUACGGACAACUGAUCGAUGAUGCUGCUUACGUCCUGCCGAGGCCAUGCACGCGGCAGAUCGAGCAAUUCGGGCUUCAUGUCAAUCGUAUGAUCAGUUGGCGGAACAAGUCGUAUUACCCGAACUACAUCUAUUUCCCAGCAUGUAUGGCGCAGCUGAGUGAUCUACCGAGCUCAACUGCGAGCUCUCUGAACGAACUGGAUAUUGGCCAGCGCAGCAUUGACUAUCACGAUAACACAUUCUCAGUAUCUCGUGAUACGGAACUCUUUUGGCUGGACUUCACACAGCUCCAGAUCAAUCCUUACUUCGACCUCUUGUUCUCGGAGAAGGGCCGUUUACUGCAACGCCUUGGUAGAUGGGAGAUUAGUCUACGUCCUGAUGCGACACCUGGCCAUCUUGUUGUAGAUGCGCUUGAAGACUGCGCACCGAAGUUGCUCGGAAAGUGGGCUGAGAACGCCGAACAGCUCCGCAAUCGCGUUACGGAAAACGGCCAUUGGAUUGACGACGUUUGGCGGAUGCCCGGCACACCCAGAUUUCGCCUUCAUCUGGAUAAUUACGAUAUGCCGGACGAAAUGCUCCGCAUCAAAGAUACCACUACACCAACAGGGGGAAGGGAUCCAGAGUCCGUUGCUUCCACGUUCUUAGGGCUCCAAUUCCACAUCACCCGCACCGCCUAUAUGUCCGCGGAGCCACCCAGAGCAACGACAGAGGGCGAAUGGCUCCCUGAAGAGCUUUUCGAGCCUAUGAAGACUGAGACUGGACGAUCGAAUGUUGAUUGGGAGGUGUGA